AUGGCUGAGACUCACCACUUCCACGCUCACAAGCUCUUCAGCAUGAAGGGUCAGGUUGCUGUUGUUACCGGAGGUGGCUCUGGUAUUGGUCUGAUGAUGACCCAGGCUCUGACUGCCAAUGGUAUUCUUUCUCCUACUUCCAAUUCGCAGAAGCAUUUAACUGACUACGUUCACNNAGGCGCAAAGGUCUAUGUCGUGGGCAGAAACGUUGAGAAGCUCGAGACUGCCAGCAAGGAGCACGAGCCUGAUCAGGGAGAAAUCAUUCCAUUGAGGANAAGGAGAAUUGCCAAUGCCGGUGUCCCUGGACCUAAGGCGGAGCCUGACAAGGAGGAUGCUGGAGAGCUCAAGGACAAGCUGUGGAACGGCGAGUCUGUCGAGGAGUGGAACGACACAUACUCAACCGACGUCACCUCAGUCUACUUCACCACUGUUGCCUUCCUGCCUUUGUUGCAGGCCGCUGUCGAGCCCAAGGGUCCUGGAGAGAAGUUUAGCGCAUCCGUCAUCACUACUUCGAGCAUGAGCGCNUACAACACCGCCAAGGGCGCAACAGUGCACCUGACCAAGCUGAUGUCUGCCGAGUUCAUGAAGGUCGGCGUUAGAGUCAACAGCAUUGCUCCUGGUUACUUCCCCAGCGAGAUGACAGCCAAGAGCUCCGACGACAGACAGAAGAGCGACCUGCCUGCUGAGAAGGUCGCUGAGAAGGGCCACGUUCCUCAGAUGCGUGGCGGACGUGAUGAAGAGAUGGGCAUGCUCGCAUUGCUGCUUGCCAAGAACACUUACAUCAACGGCGAGGUCAUCGCUAUUGAUGGAGGCGUCCUUAACACCCUUGCCGGACGUUAA